AUGCCUUUUAUGUCUCGUGUUGCCCUGACUUUGGGUCUGACCCUGGGUGCUGCUGCCGCCCCGAACUCUAUCGUUGUACCCAAAGGUGCUGAGACCCUCACCGUGGGCAUCCUCGGUGACUACGGCUGGACUGGUUGGCAGCCUCUGCCUUUGGAUUUCUGCAAUAACGCCUUGUCGAAGCUGGAGGCUGACGGCGUGCAGAUUCCCCGACAGCUUCAGAAUGACUGCGACGCCGGUGACCGUCAGGCUAUCUUCAAUGCCACCAUUGAGGAGACCCGCACGGCUCACUACAUCGAGAAGGUCUGUCUCAAGAAGAACUGCUCUGCCUUCAUCUCCGUCGGCGACUCUUUCUACGAUAGCGGUGUCGACUUCACAUCGGAGGGUAUCCAGCGCUUCUACGAGGGCUGGGCUGACAUGUACGUCGGCGAGGCCUUCGACAACAAGACCUGGUACCAGGCUCUCGGUAACCACGACAUCGUCGCUGGCCAGGCCGGCGUUGACUUCCAAACCCGUAUUGCUCCCUUGAUCGAUGAUCGUUGGUAUUUUGGACACGAGCAUCUGCCCUACUACACCUACGACCUGACCGGCUCCAACUGGACUGCAACCUUCGUAGUCGUGGACUCUGAUUGCUUUAUCGAAAAAUACCAGAAAGACACCUCCGUCUACAACACCGACUAUGUGAUCGCCUGCCACAAGGACACCCAGAAGCAGGUGGACUUCUUGCGCGAGUCUUUUGCUAAGUCCGACGCUACCUGGAAGAUCCUGCAGAUUCACCACGGUUACAUCUCCUCCUCUUCCAACUACACUGAGCUGGCCCCCCUGAUAGAUAUUGUUCGCGAGAACAAUGGCGUCGUCGUCAACGGUCAUGAUCAUUGCAUGGCUCAUUACCAGUACGAAGGCACUGACUUUGUUCUCACCGGUGGCGCAGGUUAUGCCGAGGCCGGCGACUGCAACUACGGUGUCCCUAUCGGCCCCUACGCCAAGUGGCUCGGUGCCGACGCCAACCAGGCCGCCAACGGCUUUGUGACUCUUGACAUCAACUACAACGCCUUGAAUUUUGAGUACUACGCCCGUGACAUGCGUCUUAAGGGUGCCAACUACUACCCUGUCAAGGACGACAUGAAGCCUUCCUACAGCUUCGCCGUUACCGAGCACGCCACCAAGGCUUAG